UGUGAUUGCCUCACUAACAAACAGCAUGUCCACAUGUUUCCGCAGUGCGCGUCAGCUGAUCCGGAGCGCGCAGGACGCGGAAAUGGACUGUGGCUCUCAGCUCUGAUAGUUUGUGUAAAAACGGAGUCCCUGGGCUGUCAGCAUUAAGAAACGGUGAAGUUAUGGCACGCAACGAGUCGUUGGUCGCAUUGAAUGGCACGCACCUCUCCUAUAUUGGACAUGACUGUAAGGAGAUCCCUCCCUUCCUCGGAGACAGAUACGGCCGGUUUGCAAAAAGGCUAGAUCUCAGCUUCAAUCAGCUCAGGUCACUGGCGGGCCUCAAAGUGUUCACUGGGCUGGAAGAGCUGGUCGUUGACAACAAUCUGCUCGGAAAUGACCUCCGGUUGCCCAGGUUACCCAACCUCCACACCCUGACACUCAAUAAGAACCAACUGACUGAUAUCGAGGCCCUGCUGGAUCACUUGGCUGACGUGACCCCAGCGCUGGAGUACCUAAGUCUGCUGGGAAAUGAGGCCUGCCCCAACCAGCUGGUCAGCCCGGAUAAGGAUGAGGACGACUACCAGAGAUACAGGUAUUUUGUCCUUCACAAGCUGCCCCACCUGAAGUUUCUGGACACCAGGAAAGUGACGAAGACAGAAGUGAUGGAGGCGACAGCAAGAGGGGCAUUCAUGAAAGUUGUGAAACCCAAGUCGGAAAAUCUAUCUAUUGAGCCACGAUCUGAGAGUUACCCAUUGCCCUAUACUCCUCUACCCCGAGGAUCCAGAGAUGCCAGGAGCCACAAAGGGGUGUUCGCCAAGUGUCGCUAUGUCUACUACGGCAAGCACUCAGAAGGCAACAGAUUCAUCCGCAACGACCAGCUCUGAUGGACAGUUGGAGAGCCAAAAAGAGGGACAUGUAUGACGAUGGAUGUUAACAGAGAGCAAGAUGAAGGAAUCAAUUAUUUAUUUACAAAGAUCCCCCUUGUGCUUGAGCUGUGACCAGGUGCCCUGUUCUCUCAUUAGGAAAAGAUUUCAUUUUAUCACUAGAUCUUGACAUGAUUAUGUAACGGGAGUGACUUAAAAAAAAAAAAAAAAAAAAAAAAA